GGAACAGAGGCAGGAACGGAACGGAACGGAGGCGGAAAGGGAACGGACCGCUUCCGGAUUUCUGUCUGAAGAAAACCGGAAGUUGUCGAUAGCUUUCUUCUUACACCUCUCAGGAGUUUGUGAGGGUCGCUGAAGGAGCGAAGGAGGACCUGCACGAGGCUGACAGGUUCCCUAGCCAUGCUGUUGCCGAUGAACAGCCAGAGCCAGGACCGCUGUGUCCUCACCUGCACUGAGUGCAAGCAGCGGGUGGAGACAGGCUGGCACUGCCCCGGGUGCGAGGACUACGACCUUUGCAUCAACUGCUACAACACCAAGGGCCACACCCACGAGAUGGUGAAGGUGGGGCUGGGCCCGGAUGAAGAGGCCGAGGAGGGCGAUCAGGGCGGCAACCAGGGGGAGAUGCAGUUCAGGAGCAUCCGGGAGGCUCGGCGCCUGAGCAUCCUGCGCAGCAUCCAGACCCUGAGGCACGCCCGCCAUUGCGGCGAUGCCAACUGCUCUCGGAACGACUGUCAGAAGCUGAAGCGUGUUGUGCUGCACACCACGCGCUGCCAGCGCAAAGCCAUUGGAGGCUGCCCAGUGUGCAAGCAGCUAAUCGCCCUUUGCUGCUACCAUGCCAAAGAAUGCCAAGAAAACCCAUGCCCCGUUCCCUUGUGCCUCAACAUCAAACAGAAGAUCCGCGAGCAGCGGCUCCGACUCCUCCGAGAGCGGCUCCGGCUCCGCCAGCAGCGGAUUGGGAACCGCCUCCUGCAAGGUUAGCUCAUGCGCCAGCCGAUGCCACCAUGAACUCCCGUCACGUGCCUCAGCAGUCUGCCAUCCCCUCCUUGAGCACCACCCUGGACACCCCCACAGCAGCCCAACACACCCCAGACACCACAGCCUCCGACUCAGUCCCAGCCCUGGCCUGUAAGCAUGUCACUAGCCGGCUUCUUCAGCUCGGCCAGAACUUCGCUCCACCAGUGUCCACGGGGAAGCCCACUAACCUUCAGCUGCAGCCCAGCCUGCAGCCCAGCCUGCAGAACCUGAACGCCAUGCAAGCCAGCGGGCCCCGACCUGCUGUCCCUCCGCAGCAGCAACAGUGGGAGGCCUGAACCCCCAGAGCCAGGCCUUGAACAUCAUCUACCCGGGGCGCAACCCCAGCGUGGCAAGAAUGAACCACAGCACAGAGAGAUGCCGCGGAGCAGCAACAGCAGCAGCAGCAGCAGGAAGGCAGCGCUGGCAUGGCUGCAGGUCUGGCAGGACACGCCCAGUUCCAGCAGCCUCAGGGACAUGAUGCCACCCACAGCCAUGCAGCAGCUGCAGAUCCAGCAGCCAAUUGGGUCCCAGGCCAGCCAAACCCUGUUAGGCAUAUUCUGUACCUUUCCCUUGCCUCAGUUUCUCCCAUGUGCUCAGUACUUUCUGUUGUCCUCGCUUGAGGCUCCUGUCCUCUCUGCCAUUUUCCUGUUACUCUCAUUUCAGGUGUCACAGGAGACAACUAAGCAGCUGAGAAAAGCAGCUCUAGACCCAGCCUCCUGCAACGGCCUGCACCUCCAUCCGACCCACACAGAGACAUAAAUAUCCCGCCCUCCCUACUCUUGCUUGCUGAAAUGGAUAUGCUGGUGUGUAUUAAUAAUACCAUUUCUAGCCCUAACCGGCUUGGCUCAGUGGAUAGAGUGUCAGUCUGCACACUCUGGGUCCCAGGUUCAAUUCUGGUCAACAGCAUAUACCUUGGUUGCAGGCACAUCUCCAGUAGGAGGUGCAGGAGGCAGCUGAUAACGUUUUCUCUCAUUGAUGUUUCUAACUCUAUCCCUCUCCCUUCCUCUCUGUAAAAAAAAUCAAUAAGAUAUACAGUGGGGCCUUGACUUACAAGUUUAAUUUGUUCCGUGACGGAGCUCGUAACUCAGAAUACUCGUAUGUCAAAUCUUAAAGUGAACGAGUGAGACACGUGAUGCUGGGCUGAUGUUGUGGCAUUCACUGUGACGUUCGCUGCACCAACUAGCGAUGGGGUAUCUGAAGCUGGCUUGUAACCCAAGUUUUAGCUCACAACUCAAAGCAAAAUAUCGGCCGAGAGAGGGCUCAUAUCUUGAAAAACUCGUUAGUCAGGACACUCGUAAGUCAAGGCCCCACUGUAUUUUUAAAAUUAAAAAAAUAAUAUUUUUCUAAAUUCUCACAACGUCUUUUGACCUGUCUGCUGUCAGCAUGGACCUAACAAACCCCAUGUGCCCCAGCAGCACAGGCUCUCAGAGAGCCACAGGCCUCUCCUCCCUGGCCAGCAGAUGGCCACAUCCCUCAGUAGCCAGGUGAGAUCUCUGACCCCUGUCCAGUCUCCAGACCCCAGUCGCAGCCUCCAUGUUCCAGCCCAUCACCACGGAUAUGCCCUAGCCUUCACCACACCACCUCUCCCCCAGACUGGUUCUCCCCACACAGGACUCCCUGUCACCUUGGCCAGCUCCAUAGAUCGGGGACACUUGGGGAACCCCAAACAUGCAAUGCUACCACAGCUGGACACCCCCACAGGAGUGCAUUGCCCAGUGAGCUGUCCCUGGUCGGUGACACCACAAUUGACAUCCUAGAAAAGUUUGUGUUGGUUUUGUAGCAUUGUGAGAAAUCACUUUUUUGUUCAAUGUUCUUUGACCAUUUGUACUGAAAUUCAAGAAUCUAGGAUCUUUUUAUUCCUAGAUGGAACUGCUACUUCCAAGCCACAGAAGGGUAGAUUGCUGUUCAAAGAAACAAUAAAAAGUAUAUGUUUUUGUUAGAAACCAGUUGAUUUAAAUGUCUCUCUUUUUGCUUUCUUAAAAAUUUUUUGUUCCUA